GGAGAAUUUGCCUCUUGUGGCCCUAUCUGAGAAUAAAAGCUAUACUUUCUGCUGCUUUUUCCUAGUUCUGAUGAAAAUGUCUGCGUGAGAGGAUCGACACUGCUGACAAAAAUGAAUUUUCCAAUAAAGGUGAGCCCGAGGGCACGGCUGGUGCUGCUCGCAGUCGCAUUACUGAGCCUUUUCUACUUCAUCCUUGACUCGUAUUUGACAAACGACACGAGCGGAUGCAGCUUGCAGCGCGAUCACAUAUUUUUCCUCAAGAUGCACAAGUGCGGCAGUUCUACCGUGCAGAACAUCCUCAUGAGAAGAGGUUUGCAGAAAGAACUCAAUUUCGUUCUUCCCAGGAACGGCCACUACCUGGGCCAUCCGGAGCCAUUCCGCCGGUCUCACGUGGACGCGCGCUUUCUCAGCUUCGACGCCACGUUCGAUGUCCUGGCGCACCACAGCCGCUUCAGCCCCUGCGGGGUCGCCGAGGUCAUGCCCCCCGACGCGGUCAAGGUCACCAUCCUCAGGGAGCCGGUCGACCUGUUUGAGUCGCUCUACAACUACUACAAACUCAACAGGGCCCGCUACGGGCAGUCGCUCGGGAAACUCUUGCAGUUCGACUUGCAAAUGCUUAAGAGCAUGGCCAAAAGCAUGUCGCGAUGGGGCGGCAGAAUCGGAUUCAACCAGAUGGCGUUUGACGUUGGUUUGAUGCCAGAGGAUUUCUACAAAAAGUGGCGAGUGAACCAAACGAUCAAACAAAUGGACGAGCAAUUCGACUUGGUGAUGAUCUCAGAGCACAUGGAGGCCUCCCUGGUACUUCUGGCCGACACCAUGUGUUGGCCCUUGGAGGAGGUGGCGUUUGUGUCGCUUAACAGGCGGCUGAACAGCACCACAGCCAGGACCGAAUUGAGCGACUCGGAGAAGGAAAAGCUGCGCGAAGUCAACUGGGCCGACGCGCGAAUUUACGACCACUUCAAAGGCGAGUUCGAGCGAAAGGUGAGGGAGUACGGCGAGGCGAAAAUGGAGGCGAAAGUGGCCGAGCUGAAGCGUCUGAACGCGCAACUGGAAGCCGAGUGCAUCAGCCAAGUGAUUGAGCCCGAAAACCCGAGCAAGGACUACCCGGUGUUUACCUACCAGAUCAACGAGAACGCCGCCGAAGUUUGCAAACUCGUGGUCAUGGAGGAGCUCGACUUCACCGCGAUGCUGAAACGAGUGCAGCUCGAGAGGUUCAGCCACUUGGAGGGCGACGUCGAUGAUGCCUAGCAAAGCAACUUGAAACGCGACACCGCGCGACCGACCACGCAAAUGUAAUAUUCCGAGUGGCAGAAAACUGACACUGAAUUUGUGUAGACGCCGUUUGAUCGGCCAGAGGCAGGCCAGAGGUAGCGAGCGCUCCUGUCACGACCGACUGCUGAUAUAUAUCGAAAGCCACCGCCGUUCGUUUUUUGCGCGAAAACGAGCCACUCGUGUGUGAUCAAUCGCACAGCCGGCAUCGAAUGGAAAAUAAUUCCAUCAGCUUUUUUGCACCGACGACCAUCCGCAGGUCAAGGACUCUGUGUGCAGUCGAUCGAUUUAAUUCAAUGACCUAAACUGUCGAAUCGGUUUUGAAAUACAACGCUCAAAAGACUGAUUAUUCACAAUCAAUCCGGUUGCUCUCAUUACAUUAAAGAGGUAUGCUACCGGACAAAAAUGGAAAUUGUUCUCCGCGUGAUUGAUUCAUGAGUCGAUGUUUCAUCACAUUAAAAUUUUGACCAAUCGUGGACUUUGCAUAACUAUUGGUCAUGCUUUUAUAUGACUGCGUUCAAUUUUAUUUCUGGAAACUUAAACAACUAAAUCGUUGUAAAUCGUUGUCAGGAAAAUUGAUUGUUUUUAAAACCUGCGCCACCUGAAAUGAACUAAAUAUUUUCAUUGCUGCGUCACUGAAUUUUUAUUUAAAACAAUCCUCAAUGAUGUAAGAGUAUAGAAUGAUUUUUCCAAUUAAGAAAAAUAUCUCCUACAAUAUUCAAAGGUGACAAGGAAUAUUUUUAGAGUUUACGAAAUGUGUUCUACAGCGGCAUCAAUGUAAAAGCAGUCCAGUGGGGUGUUUAAGAGAUUACUUUUUUAUUUGAGAAAUUCACCUAAUUGUUCUCUUUCGUCUCUUAAAAUUUUAACUCUCCCUCCUGACAAAAUAAAAUGAAAUCAUAAAACACCUAAGUGUACAACAGAAAAAAUAAAUAAGGAUAUUUUAUCAACGUUCAUUGCUUCAUUUUGAUUUGGCGCAGCUUGAGUCAGAGUU